AUGCAACGCCACGGCGCCGCGGUGGCUGUGACGGCUGAGCGUGACGUAGAGGAUCGCCUCCAGCGCGCCCUGCAUGAGAACAUCGUCUUGAAGCUGCAGAAGAAUGAUCUGGAGGAGAAGCUGAAGAAGCUGCAGACGCAGUUUCGCCGCCUUGUCGCGGACUGGCGUCGGGUGCAGGGGGGCAGCGGUUUUAGUCGAGGCAGCACAGUUUUGCGUCCUUGCUGUGCACCAUCGCCGUGGGCGAUGGAGCCGUCUGCACGACCCCACUCAGCAGCCGAGGCAGAUAGUCGAGGCGCGCCCGCGGCCCCGCCGUUAGAGGGACUGCUGCCUCCGUUGAACCCCAAUCAGAGCUCCCAAACAGCCUGCGGCGCAUCCUCGACUACAGCGAAGGCAUGGAAAAGGCAGGAAAGUCCACCGGGCACCACAGGUGUCGCUGCAGGUGCGAGCGAGGCUGAGCUGGCGGCCUGCAAAGCAGCGCUUGCGCAUGCGCAGCUGGAGCUCCAGCAGUUGCGCUCGUCCGCUCUCGCCGCUAUCCAGGCGCGAGCUACAACGCCCCUUGCCUUGAAAAACGUAACUACUAUGCCAGCUGACGCCUCCGCGGCCAUCCUAGAGGCCUCAAAGCAGGAGGCCGCCCAACUCCGCUCCCAGCUUCAGAAGAUACGAGAGGAGCUCAACGCCUCUGUACUCGCCCAGCAGCAGCUGCGAGUUCAGUCAAACCAAGCCAUGCAGGGGAUGCAACAGCAGCUGGAGACGCAGUACCGCGCUUCCAUUGAUACCCUCACUCGUGAGAAGCAGGAACUGAUCUUGAAGGUGCGACUCGCAGAGGCAGAGAAGCAGGCAAAAAGCUCGGUGGAGGCGAGCAGUCCAGACCCGAUGGAGAUGGCGACUCUGCAUGGGGAGGUGCACCGCAAGGUGAGCGAGGUCGCUCUCCUGAACAGUCACCUCCAGUAUGCGCAAGGGCAAGUUGAGACGCUGAAGGGUGAGUGUAACCGACUCAUCGAGGAACUCAAGGAGGCGCACGCAGCCCAUGCUGACACAAAGAGGGCGUUGUUUACGUUGGAGCACGAGGCAGCGUCACUGCGAACGCAAUGCAGGUCGAUGACCGAGGUGGAGCUGGCGCUGCAGCGCAAGACGGAGGAAUGCUCAAAUACUGAGCAAGAGCUACUGAAGCUCGUGGGAUCGCUGCAGACGUGCCAGCGCGAGACGGAGGCGGCGGUUCGUCUUGAGUUCCAGAGUCGUCUCACAGAGGUGCAGGAGAUGCGCGACACGGCGGAGCGAGAACGACGGGAGGUGGAACGCAGGUUGCUCAGCAGCCAGCACGACCUUGCAGAGCUACGCCGUCGGUUAGAGAAUACCCAGGGCGACCUCCAGCUAUACCAUGGUGAGGUAGCGAAACUAGAGAAGGAGAAGAGCGCGAUAUCGGCGCAGAUCGCGCUAGCGGGGCACACCGCCGCAGCAGUCGCCGCAGCAGGGGCUGACCUCACUGAUGAAGACGUGCAUCGCGCCCUGGCAGUGGCGGCCAUAAAGAAGAGAGGAUCGCGGACACAGAAGCGGGAGGCGGAGAUGGGUCUCGGUGGCGCGGGCACUGUUGACGGAGAUGCUGCCGCCGCUGCCGGUGCGGCCCCGGCGAAGGAGGCGAGAGACGCGCUCGAUCUUUUCGAGGCGCUGGCGUGGGACGGCGACUGGGAGCAGGGCCAGAUGCGCGAGGCCCUGGCUACUGCUGCGAUGGAUCUGGAGUUGGCCCAGACGCGCUGCCAACAGAUGGCUGAGCAGGUGGAGCAGUCUCGUGAGAUGCUGCGCAAGGUGAGCGAUGAGCGGGAUACGCUUCUCGAGGAGAGCAUUGCCCUUCGUGGUCGCGUGAUGCAUGUACAGACUAUAUUCGCCAAGCAGCAGCUGCAGGCGUAUCGGGCAGCUGCCACAGCGAGCGGUCUCGGCACCGAGGGACUCAUCAGCUUCUCUAUUCGGGGGCUGCAGAGUCAGGAGGCGGCCAUGUGUCGUUCCUUGGGCAUUGCCAAUCUCAAAGCUCCCGUCUCUUUCUUCUUCACGCUGGACGGGCUGGCCGACUACGAGGCGAUGAUGGGGCCGACGCUGCGCGCUCUCGAUGAUGUUGUGGACGUGCGCUUUCAAUAUGAGGGUCUCGCAAAGGACGCGGUUACGCUGGCGACUAUCGAAGAGACGGUCUUCUGCUUCCAGCUGCACUGUGCCGCCGGCGAGACAAGCCGAUUGGUAGCCAUGGCGGAGCUGCCUGGAGCGGCGCUGCUCAAUGCGCGCGAGGUUCCGGUGGAGGAUACACUGCCCCUCAUUGACGGCGAGGGGCAGACGGUGGGGAGCAUCUUGGUUGAGUUCUGCUGCGCUCGUCUUGUGUUGCCCAUCCUGCUGGGCGCUCCUCUUUCCGACCCACGUGCCGGGGCGACCACCUUCACACUGUCUGCGCAAGAGAUCAAGUCGGCCAUGGUAGCGCUGCGCACUGUGUGCUACCUGCGCAUCCAAGUGUUCCGCGCCGAGGGCCUGGCCGGCUCCUUGGAGGGCGGCACGGCGCCUCAACCCUACGUCUUCUACACCGCCACGUCGCCGCUUGGGGCUCUCAACUGCGUGCGGGACACCGUCGUUCAUCCCUCUAGCCGCAUCUUUACGACGGACCCUGUGUUCGAUGUGGUGCCAGUAGACCAUCGCGUCAUCGUCGAUCCAGCGCUGAUUCGGUUUGUGGCAUUUGGUGUGGUCAGCUUUGUCCUCUUCGACGAGCGCGCCACUAAUGUGCAAGCCAACCUCGGCGUGGUGGAGGUGGCGCUGCGUCCGCUGUUGAACUCGCCGCAUGCCAUCAUUCGAGUGACGGAGAGGCUGCACCCGCAGGGCACGCUGAGCGUGGGUCUGUCGUGGGUGUCUGGUGUGUGA